AUGAAGCCCAAGGUAGAGGGCAUGUCUGCCUGGGGUUGGGUCAGCAGGUUCCUGGGGGCUCAGCCUCCCACCCAGGAAUCUGGCUUCAGCAUCCCAGUUCCUCCUCACCCCUCACCCACCUGGGAAGUGGGCGCAAGCUCCUCUGCCUCCCUCCCCAAACCUGUCAGCUCUUUCUCUGCAUACGACCUGGGCAAAGCUGGCAUCCACUCCAGGAUGCCUCCUGACAGCACCCACCCAUCCACCGUUCCACCGCCCAGGCAGAGCCAUGAGCUCCAGGAAGGAGUGAGAGAGAGAGAGAACCACACUGCUGAUGACUCCGAGGGAGGGGCCCUGGACAUGUGCUGCAGCGAGAGGCUGCCGGGUGUCCCCCAGCCGGUAGGGAUGCAGGCGCUGGACCAGGCUGAGGGGCCCACGGCCUUGCAGAGAGAGAUGCCACUGCCCCCGCCUCCUUCACCGCCCUCAGAGACAGCUCAGAAGCCACCACCUCGAGGCGCCAGGAGCCCCUCCCUCGCUGUCAGGAGCAGCCUGUGCCUGCUGGCUGCCUCCCAGUUCCUGCUCGCCUGCGGGAUGCUCUGGCUCAGCGGCUACGGCCCCAUCUGGUCGCAAAAUGCCACAGACCUCAUCUCCUCCGUGCUCACACUCCUGGAGCAGCUGGGACCCUCGGCCUGGCUGGCUGUUGGGACCUGGGACGUCCCUAAUCUGCUGGUGGUCUCCCUGUCCGUGGUCCUCGUCACCACCUUGGUGUGGCACCUCCUGAGGACUCCCCCAGAGCCACCCAGCCCGCUGCCCCCCGAGGACAGGCGCCCGUCGGUGAGCCGUCAGCCCUCUUUCACCUACUCUGAGUGGAUGGAGGACAAGGUCGAGGAUGACUUCCUGGACCUGGACCCUGUCCCUGAGACACCUGUGUUUGACUGCGUGAUGGACAUCAAGCUGGAGGCCGACCCUGCCUCACUGACUGUCAAGUCCAUGGGUCUGCAGGAGAGGAGGGGCUCCAACGUCUCCCUGACCCUGGACAUGUGCACCCCGGGCUGCAAUGAGGAGGGGUUCGGCUAUCUCAUGUCCCCACGCGAGGAGUCGGCCCGCGAGUACCUGCUCAGCGCCUCCCGCGUCCUCCAGGCCGAAGAGCUUCACGAGAAGGCCCUGGACCCCUUCCUGCUUCAGGCAGAAUUCUUUGAAAUUCCCAUGAACUUUGUGGAUCCGAAAGAGUAUAACAUCCCUGGGCUGGUGCGGAAGAACCGGUACAAAACCAUCCUUCCCAACCCUCACAGCAGAGUGUGUCUGACCUCACCAGACCCUGACGAUCCUCUGAGUUCCUACAUCAACGCCAACUACAUCCGGGGCUAUGGUGGGGAAGAGAAGGUGUAUAUCGCCACUCAGGGACCCAUCGUCAGCACAGUUGGCGACUUCUGGCGCAUGGUGUGGCAGGAGCACACGCCCAUCAUUGUCAUGAUCACCAACAUCGAGGAGAUGAACGAGAAGUGCACCGAGUAUUGGCCGGAGGAGCAGGUGGUGUACGACGGCGUGGAGAUCACUGUGCAGAAAGUCAUCCACACUGAGGAUUACCGGCUCCGACUCAUUGCUCUCAGGAGUGGCACAGAAGAGCGAGGCCUGAAGCAUUACUGGUACACAUCCUGGCCCGACCAGAAGACCCCAGACCGGGCCCCCCCACUCCUGCACCUGGUGCAGGAGGUGGAGGAGGCAGCCCAGCAGGAGGGGCCCCGCUGCGCCCCCAUCGUCGUCCACUGCAGUGCAGGGAUUGGGAGGACGGGCUGCUUCAUCGCCACUAGCAUCUGCUGCCAGCAGCUGCGGCACGAGGGCGUGGUGGACAUCCUGAAGACCACAUGCCAGCUCCGUCAGGACAGGGGCGGCAUGAUCCAGACGUGUGAGCAGUACCAGUUCGUGCACCACGUCAUGAGCCUCUACGAGAAGCAGCUGUCCCGCCAGUCCCCCGAGUGA